AUGCCCGGAUAUGUAAAGUAUUUGAAAGAUUUGUUAACAAAGAAGAGGUCUCUGAAGCACGACACUGUGAUUGUGACUCACCAUGUUAGUUCGAUAUUAUCUACAACAGUGGUUCAGAGGAAGGAAGGUCCAGGGGCUUUUACUAUUUCAUGUUCUGUCAACUACCAUGACUUUUCUCGUGCUCUUUGUGAUAAUGGGACUAGCAUCAAUCUAAUGUCGCUUGCUAUAUACAAGAAGUCGGGGUUGGGGAUGCUUAGACCUACUACCAUGCGACUACAAAUGGCUGAUAGAUCUAUUAAGAGGUCGGUUGGAGUGGUAGAUAAUAUACUAGUUUGGGUUGGUGAUUUUCUUCUACCGGCUGAUUUUGUAAUUCUUGAUUUUGCUGUUGAUAGGGAUAUUUAUAUUAUUUUGGGGAGAAAUUUCCUUGCUACGGGAAGGGCUCUUAUGGAUUCCUAA